UCACGUGCCUUUGCGGAAGUGGAAGUGUAAACAACAAGAGCGGUGCCUGAGCGACGAUGCUCGGGGUUUUGGCUGUAUUGGUGUUUUUUUUGGGACGCCUGGACAAAAUGUAUGUAUACGGGGCUCAGUCGGAGCCAGAAGCCGUGCAGGGCAGAGCGAGCUGUGGCUGUGAGAGUUUGAAGAGAGACCCCGUUGUAGAGCACAAGACAUCAUCGCAGGAUGCAGCUGUAAAAUAUACUCUUGGAACAAAUGAGGUGCUUUCUGGUGCAAAUGGGGAGGAGAAGAUACUAAGUAAGAUGGUGCUGAUUUCUGGCGGAGAAUUUCUAAUGGGAACAGACAGCCCGGGCAUCCCUGCUGAUGGCGAGGGUCCUCAGAGGCGGGUCCAUGUGGACUCUUUCUACAUGGACAUCCAGGAAGUCACCAACCGACAGUUUCAGAGCUUUGUCAAUGCCACUGGCUACGUGACCGAGGCAGAGAAGUUUGGGGAUUCGUUUGUUUUUGAAGGAAUUCUGAGUGAGACUGUCAAAAGCCAAAUCACACAAGCGGUGGCUGCUGCCCCCUGGUGGCUCCCAGUGAAUGGUGCCAACUGGAGACACCCAGAGGGUUCUGACAGUGAUAUCAAAGACAGACUGGAUCAUCCUGUUAUUCAUGUCUCUUGGGCGGACGCUGUUACCUACUGUACCUGGGUCAGCAAGAGGCUUCCCACAGAAGCAGAGUGGGAGUACGCCUGUAGGGGCAAUUUAAGAGACAGACUUUACCCAUGGGGAAAUCUGCUGAACCCAAAGGGGCAACACUUCGCCAACCUCUGGCAGGGGGACUUCCCCCAACAUAAUUCUGCAGAAGAUGGAUAUGUCAAAACCUCACCGGUGAUGUCUUUUCCCGCCAAUUCUUUUGGUGUGUUUGACAUGGUGGGGAAUGCGUGGGAAUGGACGUCAGACUGGUGGACAGUGCAUCACUCCGCAGAGCAACAAAAUAACCCGACAGGUCCUCUAUCAGGCACUGACAAAGUAAAAAAGGGAGGGUCAUACAUGUGUCACAAGUCAUACUGUUACCGGUACCGCUGUGCGGCUCGGAGCCAGAACACGCCGGACAGCUCCGCCUCCAAUCUUGGUUUUCGUUGCGUCUCUCCACAGCCACAUUGACUCACACUUGGGUCACAGGGUUUGUAAUGUUAGGUCCAUCUCCUUGGCCUGAAUGUAUGCACUGCUUUAUUGUAGCCACAUGACUUUUUAGUUACAAUAAGUCAGUAUUUUUCUUUCAUUUUUGUUUGAAAUGAAUGAAAAUCAUUUUUUAUCAGAGUCCACGAAACAAUUACAGGCCUCGAAUUGUAACUUUUUAAGGUCAAGGCGAGUAUUUCCUUAAAGGAGAGCUCAUAUUUUAGGGCACCAAGGCAAGUUAGAAGGACACCAAGGCAAACAUUAUUUUCUUUCGGGGCAGGAGAUAUAUAUAUAUAUAUAUAUAUAUAUAUAUAUAUAUAUAUAUAUAUAUAUAUAUAUAUAUAUAUAUAUAUAUAUAUAUAUAUAUAUAUAUAUAUAUAUAUAUAUAUAUAUAUAUAUAUAGAUUAAAAAAAAUAGUGUUCAUGUAUGAGAUCUGGGCUGCCAAGUAUGGCCAAAGUAAUAAUUAAGAUUAUUGUUAUCAAUAUUGAAAUCAUGGUUACUGAUUGUUGGGUAAAGCAGUGUUGGGGUGUGAACAUAAUACCAUCAUGUCAUUUGUAAUGUCUAAUAAAAAGACUAUGGAUAAACGUUAUCCAUAUAUCUAUAAACAAAUAUUAGUUUUUUAAAAUUCUUUAAUAACAUCAACUUGUCAGCUUUUUGUCGUUACAUGAUGCCUUUAUCUCUAUUUUUACAUUUUGAUAGAGAGAGUUUUUAUUUAUUUUUUUAAGUGAUGUACAUUUAUAUGUAGAUGUAGAUGCUGUAUCGGGACAGAUCCAUUAAGAGUUUGAGCAGAAAUAUGUCGUAUAGGAAUUAACUAUACACAAUAAAACAUUAACAAAAUGCUGUGUCAUAUGAAUGAUUUUUGAAGUAACACCUUAGUGACAUGAAAAAACCACAAUUAAUGUAAAAAAAAAAAGCCUUG